AUGGGAGCUGCUUAUCACAUUUUGGGUAGAACCGUUCAACCUUACCAACUUUCGUUGGCUACAAUCUCUGCUGUGGUUUUUUUAGCUCUCCCUAACCCUUUUUCAUCAUCUGCUCCAAAGCAACCUGAAAUCAAGGCGAGCUCGGAAGAGGAAGAGAAAUUCAUCGCGGAUUACCUCAAGAAGCACACCGCUGCUGAGAAACACUAA